CUGAUGUGUUCUGCUGAGGGAGGGAGAGUUUAGUGGGAGGGAGCUGAAAGUGUGACCAGCCGCAGUAAACUUUCUAACAGUUAUCACUUUCUAAUAGAGUUAGUUUAGUUUAGCAGAAAUAAGGGAAGAUGGCGCGGCGAGGCUGCGGUGCCACGUCUUGUUACACGACAAAAACCAAGUUAAACUCAUUUUACUCUUUCCUGUGCGCUUUUAUCACUUGUGUAAGUCUUUGUCCUGUACUCUGUGAAGCCGGGCUGUACACGGCGUCGGAUCAGGUUAUUGUUUUAACACCGGAGAACGUAGACUCGACGCUGUUUAACAACACCGCGGCUCUUCUCGUGGAGUUUUACGCGACCUGGUGCGGACACUGUAUCGCUUUCUCACCCGUCUGGAAAAGCCUUGCCAGAGAUAUUAAAGAAUGGAAGCCUGCUGUGGAUCUGGCUGCUAUCGAUUGUGCUAAUGAAAGCAACAGAAAAGUGUGCACCAAUUUUGGCAUCACCGGAUAUCCGUCUAUUAAGUUUUUCCAUGCUUAUUCAAGCAUUGGGUCCAGGGGGCUUGAGGUCAGAGGAUUUUCAAGGGAUGUGAGAGGACUUCGCCAAUACAUUAUUGAGAAUUUGGAGCUACAUACCGAGGCUUGGCCGCCGGCUUGUCCACCUUUAGAGACGGCUAGUGAGGCAGAGGUACACCACUUCUUUCCGGCCAACAAUGUGAAGUAUCUUGCUCUCGUGUUUGAGAAUAAAAAGUCUUACGUGGGAAGAGAGGUAACAUUGGACUUGUUGCAGUAUGAAAAUAUAGCUGUGCGCAGGGUUUUGGACACAGAGACGAAUUUGGUGUCCAGGUUUGGUGUGACUGAAUUUCCUUCCUGUUAUCUCUACGACUCCUCUGGAAACAUCACUAGGCUAAAAGUACUCAAAGAAGCUCGAACCUUCUACUCGUACGCCCUCCAGAGGCUGCCAGGAGUAGUGCGGACUGGAAAACACCAAACUCCCAUCACUGAACUCAUCAAGAACUCCACUCUGCAGGAAUGGAGGCCAUUUAACAAGUCGCGUGUGUAUAUGUCUGAUCUGGAGUCAGCGCUUCAUUACUCUCUGCGUGUGGAGUUAUCUAGUCACACCAGCAUCAGCGGAGACGAUCUGAUUGCACUGAAGAAGUACAUAAAUGUGCUGGCUAAGUAUUUCCCAGGCCGUCCAUCUGUAAAGAGUGCAUUACAGGCUGUGGACAGUUGGUUACAAUCACAGAAGGGGACCGAGAUCAAAUAUAGUGAUUUCAGAGACGUCCUGGACAAUGUCGUACAGACGAGCGACGCAGUGCUGCCUGAGGGCGUGCAGUGGGUGGGCUGUCAGGGAUCUCAGGCCCGAUAUCGUGGAUACCCCUGUGCCGUUUGGACCCUCUUCCAUGUGCUUACAGUGCAGGCUAAAGAAAUGGGAAGCACAGUCUCAGAGCCUCAGGAAGUGCUGCUGGCUAUGAGAGGUUACGUCAGCAGUUUUUUCGGUUGCAGGCCGUGCGCAACUCACUUUGAGGCUAUGGCCGCGGAGAGCAUGGAUCAGGUCAACUCGCUGUCUGGCGCUGUCAUUUGGUUGUGGUCACGCCACAACCGAGUCAACAACCGCCUGGCAGGAGACCUCAGCGAGGACCCCCAUUUCCCUAAGAUUCAGUGGCCCUCCCCAGAAUUGUGUCCUUCCUGUCAUGGGGUAACAAUUAUCGGAGAUCACAACUGGAUCAAAGAUGAGGUGCCGCAGUUCCUCCAGAACUACUUUUCCUCAUCUCGCAUUCUGAACGACUACCUGCAGGACGAGACCCAGGCCCUCAUCCAGCAGAGAAACCGCCUCACAGCCGCCCGCAUGGAGAAAGAAGCUGGACGCGGGGCAGACAGGAGAGCACGAGACAUUUUCGACAACAAUCCUGCUGAUGAGCCUCAGGAAGAAGAGGAGGAGGAGGAGGAAGAGGAACCAACAUUUGAGGAGCAGGCAGUUGAGCCGUAUCCUGCGGGAUUAGAGGGAGCACCCGGAGCAGACCAGGCACCAUGGGAGAAACCACAGCCUUUAUCAUCUCAACGCAAGCCAAAAAUUGUGGGGAUGAAGCUCCGGGAGGCUCAGGAGGACAUAGUAGAUCUGGAUUACUUCGUCAGCCAACAUUAUAAAGCCAAAGCCCUUCGAGCCGCCGCCAUGUCUGGUGUAGUGCGGCGGAGGAGCCUGCAGAAGAAGGAGGACGUGGAAGACCUGCAGUUUGAAGGAGGUUGGAGGGUGAAGAGAGACUUGGGAAGCCAGGAAGAGAAUUUCGGAAUAGAGCCAUACCCCAGAGCCCAAAGCAAGCACUGGAUGUCCCUGCUCAGUGUGGGGUUCUCCAGACUGGAUGUGAGCCUGUGUGUCCUACUGUACCUCCUGUCCACCAUGUGCUUGCUCGCCAUGUACAUGUAUUUUAAACUGAGGAUAAAGCUGCGAAGUGCUAAAGUGUCUCUACCUUAAGGCAUUGCCGUUGCAUAGACUUUGGAUUCUAAAAGGAAUGGCCAAAUCUCACAAAUAUCUGGCUCCUAGAGAAAUCGUCAGCUUCAAUGCCAAAGUAAUGGUCACACUUUACAAUAUUGUUUAAUUAUGCUUGAUGUAUUUACUAACAGGAUCUCAUAAUGAACAAUACCUGUACAGCAUUUAUUCAGCAUUUACCAAUGCAUUGUGAAAAUCCAAAUGCUUGUUAACAUUAGUUAGUGCACAUUGUGAGUUAAAGUGAACUAACAACGAACAGCUUUAUUUCCAUUAGCUAAUGUUAAUAAAGAUGAAUGAAUACUGUAA